UUUCUCAACUAAGUCCUGACAAUUUAUUAACUCACAAAAGAUCAGCCACAGCACAGAGGAAACUGUGGCUGGACUAAUUAUAAGAGGGUUCUGUAUUUCAGCGACAGCCUGUACUUUCCCCCACCCAGCAUACCCCUAUGUCCUGUUGUCUACAAUCAACAGUGUAAGCCACAUUGAGGGGGAGCUGUUGAGGGAAGGAAGUCUUAGCUGGGGUAUUGAGGAACCCUGGCUGUGAGCUCUACUCUGUAGAGAUGCUUUGGAAAGCUUUCACUCUCCUCAUCUUCCUUGUCAUGCUUCAGAACCAAGGAACAUUAGGUUCUGAUAUGAAGAUAAUGAGCAUAACUGUCAUCAUGGGAAGUCAUAUCAAGUUACAACCAGUGUGGAUUCAGCAGUAUUCAAAGAGUAUACAUUUCAUUUGGUUUGUGAAACUGUCUUCAACUCAGGAAAAAUUUAGGAUAUUGAGUUGGACAGAGGACUCAAAGGUGACGUUUGAAGCUGAGCAAUUUAAAAACAGAGUUGAUGUCAAAACUGAGAACUUGACCUUAUUAAUUAACCCAGCUCAGAAGAAUGACAGUGGCUUCUACUUCAUGGAAAUCACCAGUCAGUCAGGACGUGUUUUUAAUACCAACUGGUUCCAGGUUUCUGUGUUUGAUCCUGUCCAGGACCCAAAGAUCCAGGUGACUGGAGAGUCAUGGAAUAACAAUAACACCUUGUGCCAUGUGAACCUGUCCUGCUUCGUCCAUGGGAAUGAUAAUUUGACAUACACCUGGUACAGAGGGAGAGAGCAAAUUAAACCCCCAGGGAAACAUGCCCAUGUACAGCUCCAUAUCCAAGCCAAGAACACUGAGAAUUCCUAUACUUGCAAUGCCAGUAACCCAGUUAGCUCAGGGAGCCAUACCAUCAAUCUUACUUGGGUAUGUGCUAGCCCAGUUUACAAUUCAACCCAAGAAUCAUGGUUGCAGCUGGUUUGGGGUUUCUCUGUGAUUCCCCUGGUCAUUCUACUUCUCAGCACCCUUGUCUACCUGUAUGUGACAAGAAAGAGGAAGAAGAGGAGGAAGCAAGCAACAGAUAUGAACGCGGUGUCUUAUGAGAAAAUUAGCCAUGAUAAGCCCCGGAGAAAUCAGGUGCAGAAUUACUGUGAAAUGGAAGGACACACCUUAUAUUCUGUGGUCCAAUUUCCAGAACAGCUUCCUGCUUCCAGUCCUGCUAGUCAAGAUAAAACAGUGUAUUCAUCAGUACAAUCCUCCAAGCGUCAACCUUUUUCCAAGCAAAUGAGCCCCAACUCAGCUACCCACUCAUCCCACUCAGCUACCAUCUACCAAGAGGUCCAGAGACCCAAACGACUGUCUUGUAAGGAGCUGGAGAUGUUCCACAUCUAUUCCUAUUAAUGGGAGCUGCUGUCCAAAAUGAACAUACUAUUGAAGUAUUUUGAGGGCUAGGAGAUUUGGUAAUAAGAACAGCUCAGAGUUUUGUAGCUCUUGCAGAGUUUUCAAAGCUCUCUCUUCACAACAACCACAUGAUGAAAGUGCAAGGAUUGCUCUAACAUUCCAACAGUUUGAGAUCUCAUCGCUGUAGACAUUCUCUCCAGUGAUGUGGACCACUAUUCCUUUUUGCCUGCCUAUCUUGUAUGGUACUUUUCCAUGUCAGCCCAUAAGCCAAUACCAGAGGAUCCAUCUCACAUGCUGGAAGCCUUCCUAGAUUUCUUCUCACCUCAUAAGGAUACAGAUAGAGCACUCAGACUAUAACCCUAUUAUCCCCUCACUCUUGCCAUAUGCCUAACCCAAGUUCAUUUUCAAUCACAAACUUCCUCACUGAUGUCUUUUGUUCUAAUUCUUUUGUACAGUACCUUAUUCUAUGUUGCAACCUGAUCAAACACACCAUACACUUCUCCACUGCCCUCUGGUCAAUAGUCAUUUAUUAAUUCUUCAAGGGCUAUAGCAUUCUAUGACUUAGAGCCAUACAACAACAUUAUUAGUAAGAGUAUUGCUUUUAAAAAGAUGGAACUUUGUUUCUGUGAAUAUUUACAGAUGAGCAAGCCAAGCCUCAAAGGGGCUAAAUGACUUACUUGCUCAUGGUCACACAGCAAGCAACUAUCAGAGUCGGAUCUUCUGAUUCUAUAUUUCUUCCUAGCCAUGAUCAGCAGUGCCUGGAAUAAAAAUAUGAUUUAAGCACCUGUGUCCACUUUGGGGGCUAAAAGAAUUGCCAGCACUGGAUAAUUCACCAAAGACUUUGAAUUAGUUGCCCCCACCAAUGUGCAUAGCUCUGGAGAGACCAUUUGGAGUUUAUUCAAGGCUUAUGUUACACAGACUUUAUGAUUGUUCUGGAGGGUUAUUGCUAACAUUCAUCAUGGGAGAAAGGGAUGGUAGGCACUGUUCUCUGCCUCACAGGUAGAAAUACUAAGGCAUAGAGAGAUAAUUUUACUGAAAGUCACAUGGCAAAUCACUGAAUAUAAAGAUGUUCAUUUUCUGAGA